GGUUUAAACGAAGAAAAAAGGCCAAUUCAAUUUGAUCGUAUCUUAGCGGAUGUUCCAUGCAGUGGUGAUGGAACACUACGAAAAAAUUUUUUGAUUUGGAAAAAUUGGGGUGUAGGAAGCGCGAUUGGACUUCAUUAUACUCAAGUAAAAAUUUUACUUCGUGGUGCACAGCUCGCAAAAGAAAAUGGUCGAAUCGUAUAUUCAACAUGCUCAAUGAAUGCUCUUGAAAAUGAAGCAGUAGUUGCAGAGGUUUUAAGACGAUCCACAGGAAAUUUACAUCUUGUGGAUGUUUCUGACCAAUUACCGCAAUUAAUAAGAGCACAGGGAGUUACAUCAUGGAAGGUAAUGAGUAAAGAAAAUAAAUGGGUUGAUAAAUUGGAAGAUAUAAAUCCAAAGUAUCAGAAAAAAUAUGAAAAGUCUCUUUGGCCGCCUCCAGAUGUAGAUCAACUUCACCUGGAAAGAUGUCUGCGGAUAUAUCCUCACUUCCAAGAUACUGGUGCAUUUUUCAUUGCAGUACUGCAAAAGACAGGCCCAAUAACUGAUAUAAGUUCUAUAGAUAGUUCUGUGUCAAGUAAAAGCACAUGUGACACAAAAGAUGUUUCGAUCGCUGAAGCUAAUGAGGAAAUUGACGUAUCUAAUGAGCAAGAUGAUGCAAUAAUUGAUGUUUCGGUUGCUGAAGCUAAUGAAAAUGACAAUCAGAACUUUGAUGAGGAAAUUGACAUAUCUAAUGAGCAGGAUAAUGCAAUGACUGUUGAUGAUCCGUCAACUAAUGAUGCUGUAGAUAAUUAUUACGUAGUUCCUGUAAAAAGACAUAAUGUUGAUUCAUCUAGACAUGAAUCACAUAAAUGCCCAAAAGUCGAAAAGCUUGAAACAGAAAUAAAGCCUGACGAAAAGAAUGACGAUCAGGAGACUGGACCACAAAAACGAGCGUUCGAAGAACCUUUUAUUUUUUUGGAUCCAGAUUAUGCUGAUAUCUCAAAUAUCAGAGAAUACUAUGGAUUAUCUCAUGAAUUUCCAACAGAUCAAUUACUUGUUCGAUCUGUAAACGAGAGAAACAAGAUACUGUAUUUUGUGUCUGAACCUGUUAAACGAGUUUUACAAGCACCCGAUUGUCAUCGAUUAAGGGUAGUAAACUCGGGAAUAAAAGUAUUUACUCGGCAAGAAACAAAUGAACCGAUAAAAUGUGAAUUUCGAUUUAAUUCAGAGGGUUUAACAAUGAUAUAUCCUUAUUUAUCCAAGAAGAGAGUGGUAAAUUUUAACUUAGAAGAUCUUAAGAUAUUACUUUCAGAACCUACACCACUUAUAGAUCGAUUUGAUGAAAGAAUUCAGAAGAGGCUGAAAGAACUAGAUAUGGGAUGUAUAAUUGUUUAUGUUGAUCCAUGUAAAGAACGUGAUGCGAUCAUAUUACCUGUUUGGCGAGCUGCGGUAUCUCUAAAUCUAUUAUGUCGAAAGGAAGAACGAAG